AGAGAGAGAGAGACGUUGGUGGGUUUGAAAAGCUUGUUUGGAGCAUUGAAGGCAUCGAAUGAUUGUUUGCAAGCUGUGAGAAUCGACAUUUCCCAAGGACCCAAAAUACAAAAACAAGAUGAAAAAUCUUGAUUACGAGAAGAUGAGAAGGAUUUUUUUGGGCUUUUUUUUCGUGAUUUCUUGAACUGGGUUUCUUUCAGUUUCAUCACAAACCCCGCCAUCUAAUUCAUUUUGAUUGAUCAUCAUGGCUCACGUCCCGAAGUUCGGUGAUUGGGACAGCGAAAACAUUCCUUACACCACCUACUUUGAGAAUGCACGCAAAGACAAAGGCACCGGAACAAAGAUGAUAAACCCAAAUGAUCCCGAGCAAAACCCAGAAGCCUUCAUGUAUGUGGUUGGGGCAUCAGAACAUGAAAGCAAGACAAGGCAAAAGCACCGAGUAGAAAGUUCAAAAACUCUCGGAACAAAGAUGAUAAACCCAAAUGAUCCCGAACAAAACCCAGAAGCCUUCAUGUUUGUGGUUGGGGCAUCAGAACAUGAAAGCAAGACAAGGCAAAAGCACCGUGUAGAAAGUUCGAAAACUCUCGGAACAAAGAUGAUAAACCCAAAUCAUCCCGAACAAAACCCUGACGCCUUCAUGUUCCAGACCAGAGUGUCGAACCAUGAAAGCGAAACAAGGCAAACGAAACAUGUAGAAAAUCUGCAUGCUCCCGAGAGUCAUCACGCCAUUCACGCUCCUCCAUUCCAGGUCACUUCUGACAAAGGUAUGCAUGUCAUGAAACAAGAGCAUGAGAAACAUAGCAGCAGAGAAGAAGAGGAUGUAUUUCAUGCAGAUCAUAGAGCCUCUCUGGAUCCUCAGAGAAAUAGAAAUCAUAAGAACGGAAAGUCCCGGUCUGGAAGUGAUAAAAGCAGUUCUGAUUAUUCACUUCUAAAAUCUCACCGCCACACUGAAAGGUCCAGCCAAAGUAGGACUUCUGGUGAAGGUAGCAAUAGCUAUACACCAUCACUGAACACCCGAGUGAAUGAAAUUCCUCAAAGAAUCGCAUCAGUGCCCAAAUUUGGUUCUUGGGAUGAAACAGAUCCUAGAUCAGGUGACGGGUUUACUGUCAUUUUCAACAAGGUGAAAGAAGAGAAGCAAAACGCAAAAUCUAGAUUCUCGACUGUUGCUGAAACAACCUUGCAUCCCAACAGUGGCCACAAAAACAACGGUCGUUCUCCGUCAAGAUCAAAGAAAUGUUGCGGCCUGUUUUAGAAGACAAACAGAUGAUUGACGUGACCGCAUACCUGAAAGCUGGCAUUUUUCUAUUGUCUAUGUUGGGUUUUUGACGGCCUGAGAUAUUAAGUGUGUAAUACCAUGUUUUCUUGCUGUUUCCUUACAAUGCGGCGAAGGAUUUUGUAAGAACAGAUGUUUUCUACUUAUAAUUGUUUCCUAUUCAUUCAACAUUUAUAUUUAAGACAACUCUAUUCUUUAUAUAAUCCUUGAUUAAAUCUGUUUAUAACUGUCUUUAGAAAAUACUUGUGCUGUCGACUUGAGUAAUAGUUGGCAUCUUAAGUUGAUGGGCCACAAAUUCCGUGGUGAGGAAGCAUGGUCAUAGCAACUGUUUGUUAUCGGGCUUCUUAUUGUUGGGUAAACUUCGGCUCAGUAUGCAAAUUUUCAAACUUCAUACUUGUUGCU